AUGCCCUUCAGUAUCACCACUCCACACGCAGCGAGCACCGCAGCCAUGAUGAGAAUAGCCAUUGCUGGAGCCGGGGGUUUCGCUGCAGUCCUCGCCCUCCACAUCUCUGAAACAGCAAAUCCCAUAGUUAUUCUCUCAAGAGAACCGCAACCAGAAUUCGAGCAACAGUACGAGUGUCAGGUUGCCGUCGUUGACUACGACGACGAUGAGACCCUGAAGUUCGUCCUCCAGGGAAUCGACAUCGUCAUCUCAACGAUUCGCGGUCAAGAACAGAUCAACCUUAUCAAAGCCGCCAGGAACGCCCGAGUCCGUCUUUUCGUCCCAGCCGAGUUCGAGGGCUGCCUCUCACGCCGUCCGUCAUCAUCCAACCACCCCCUUGACUUCGGUUCAUCCGAAGCGAUCGAGCUCCUCAAACACUGCGCAAGCUCCAAGUCCAAAAAGAUAGAGUACACCGUAUUCUCUUGCGGCAUUCUGUAUGAGCGUUUUGCCCCAGGCGGUCUGGAGCAGUACGGUAUGGGAAUGCGCGAAAACAUUCAAGCCCAGGGGAGCUAUCUCGUCGACGUUGGCAACUGCACCGCAGACAUCGUCGAGACAAACUCACAGGGACGCCCCGUACAGGUCUCCAUGACUUCGGUCGCAGACGUUGGCCGGUUCAUUGCUGCUGCUCUCGACAUUGGCCCUGGCAACUGGCCUCGAGAGUUCAAGAUGCGCGGCGACCGAAUGUCCGUCCGUGACAUCUUUGCCAAUUGCAGCAACGUGCGUGGAGUCGCCUUCUCCCUUCGAACCCGCAAAUGCUCCAAGCUCUCCAGCGACCUCGCCCACUACGCACAGAGACAGAACUGGGACCAGUGGUGGAACAUCCAACGCCUAAUCGCUACUGCCGAGGGCCGUUACGACUUCCGCCAGGCUGAUCUCAACGAGGCCGUUGACUUCCAGCCAGUCAGCUUCAGGAGCUGGCUGGAGGCUCAAUGGGGAUCUGGUUAA